UGGUUUAUCCCUGUCAGUGGCACACUGAGAAACAGCAGAGAUACAAAGAGACAGCACAAACCAUACUGCAAUAAACAGGCGACGGAAGCAGUAAGUGGCACAAACAAAGUCUGAAGACGUCUUUUCGCCGCUGUUAUCACCUGGACGUUGUCAUCUGGAGCUGAAUAUAACAUUUUCAGCUUUGCCAUCAAAUAUUGACAAGAGGAAGCUCUUUUGAGCCAAGAACACAGAGAAAACUAGUUUAAAACCUUUUGUACAAAGUGAUCUGGAGAAUCGCAAGGCUCUCUUAUCACAAACAUCUCCGAAGACAAACGUCCUGCCCUUGCCAUCCAGAUCAAUGGCUGCACGUCCAAUGGAGACGGUGGGCUUCCCGGUUCUACCUGCACACAUCCUGGCAUCGGCUAUGGAGGAGUUUCCCCAGCAGCUGCCUGUGCCCAAGUGUGUGGCCAGGGGCCGAAACCGUACACGGCGGCCCCGAGAUGCCCGGUUCAAGACCCAGCCUGUGACUUUUGCAGAGAUCGCAGAAGUGGAGGAGGAAGGGGCUUCACCUCUGGAGGAAGAAAGGGCAAGACGGUCCUUCCUGCAGUCGCUGGAGAGUCUAAGGAGAAGCACACAGACAUUGCACAACGCGGGAUCCACACAGAGCUGCCGUACCACGUCCACACAGGCUAGUCUGGACUCCAGUGACUCUGACUCGGCACAGUGAAAGACGACAGGAGGAGGGGGGACAAACUGACAGAGAGUGAGAAUUUACAUACGGAGGAAGGAAAGUCUAACAGCUGAAGAGACUGGAAUGCAGUGUGUUCUUCAUAUAUCUUCCUUGAAAAAUUCCUGAUUUACCUACCUGAUUUAUUUUUUAAAGAGAUACUUCUCCUUAAAAUUAAAAUUGUUUAAUCAUUUACUUACACAUUUACUCAGAAGUUGUUUCAAACUUGUAUGUCUGUUUCAAAGAACACAAAAGGAGAUGUUUGGUAGAAUGUUAGGGACUGACGGACUCAGUCACCAUUCACUUUUGGAUCUCUUUUGAGACUGACUGAGGCAAAUAUUCUUCCAAACAUCUCCUUUGUGUACCCCGGAAGAGAGAAACUCAUAUGGGUUUGGAACAGUAGUAGGGUGAGUAUAUAAUGCCAGAAGUUUCAUUAUUGGAUGGACUAUCUCUUUAAACUAGUAAUGUUAUGCGUAUAAAUGCAUUUUAAAUGUGCAAAUUCCAGUGACACUGCAGCUUUUGUUUAAGCUUCUUUUUAAAGGCAAAGCUUUAGUAUGUUGGAAGAUUUCAGAAACCACUUAAAUUCCAUGCAAAUUCCUUGAUUUAUUUUUUUUUUUUUUCACAUGAGGCUUGAGGACCUGAUGUGAGGUUUAAUAAUGAACUUGUGAGACAGAAGAGGUACUAUGUGCUAUUCCAUUGAGAUCUUGUUUAUAUCCUUUGUGCCUGCUUAAAGAUUGAACAGUCAAAUGGGUUCUCCACUGCUGAGCAGGAUGUAGACUGUCAUACUUUGUUAUAAUUGAUUUUUGAGCUGUUAAACAAACUGAAAGAGGCACAACAAGGGUACUGACAGAAAAUGUAUUGUAUUAUUACAGAAAAUAAUCAGUGUUCAGGCAAUGGUGAACGUACUAAUGAACUCAAUGAGGAGCAAAUUAAAUAAAUGUGUCUUAUAUUUAUUCACAGAUUAUUUUGUUAUAACAUAGUGAAAUUAGACAUUUGUUCUGUUGAUACUCUGGACUUGAUAAUGAAGUCACUGUCACUAUAGAAGUCUUUAUACUUAUGAGAAAAGGAGCCUUUAUACUUCAAUUUGACUUUUAUUAUCUUUUAUUAAUUUGUUUCAUACAUUCUUUAAUAUACAAAUAAACUUUAUAGCGUUGCAUUUGUCAUUUAAUUUGUUCCUUGACAAAUUUAUUGUGUUAUUCAGAGGGUUAGGGGUCAGCAAACCAGUUUACCAUUUAUUAUAUAAUGUGAAAUGAUACAAAAAGAAUACAGCGAUCAAAAGAGAGAGCUGUGUAUGACUUUAAAAUGAAAUUGUGAAGUCACUAUCAAUGUAUUAAACCAAAAGAAAAUUAGUUUUUAUAAUUCGAUUUGACUUUUAUCUUUGUUAAUUUGUUUCAUUCUUUAUUUAUUGUACAAAUAAACUUUAUAGCAUUGCGUUUGUCUCUUAAUUUGCUCUUAAUUUGACAUACAUCUCUUGUGUUGUUUAGAUAGUGAGGCAUUUACUGAAAACCAGUUUAAUGAAACGUUUAUUAAAUAAUGCAAAAUUAUAAAAAAAAAUAAUUGAUUAAAGAGAGUUGUGUUGUGACUUUAAAAUGAAAUUGUAAAGUCACUAUCACUGUAUUUAAACUAAUUAAAUAAAAUUAGCUUCGUUUCAUUCUUUAAUAUACAAAUAAACUUUAUAGUGUUGAGUUUGUCCUUUAAUUUGUUCCUUGAUAUAAAUGUCUAGUUGCUUAGACAGUGAGCGGUCAGCAAACCAGUUCACAGAAACAUUUAUGAAAUAAUGCGAAAUAAUAAAAAAAAAAACAAUUGCUAAAAGAGAGUUGUGUGUGACUUUAAAAUUGAAUUUUAAGGUAAUUAACCCUAAUUAAAAAAAUUUGCAUUUAAACUUUGAUUUGACUCAUUAUUUUUGUUCAUUUGUUUUCUUUAAUUUACAAAUAAACUUUAUAGCUUUG